GACCUCUGACCGUCCUGCGGUGGACUCUGCUCAGUCUGCGUCAGCCCGGCUCAUCCCGAACCUGCCCGACUCUGUUUGCCAUAACAACCGGGGACGCUGCCUCCUGAUUGGCUGCCGUUACAUCCUGUUUGUUCAGGCCUGGCUAACAGCUGCUAUUUUAAAACCUUCCCUCGCGAGCACCGGAUGAACAAGUCCAUGUCAGAAAAGUCUGAGAUGAACAAGAAGAUGUUCGGCUGCCGGCGGCCGGUCCACUGAACCAGUCUUUGCUGCAUUGUGUGGGAUGGAUCCCAACAGCCCAGACAUACUGAGAGAUCCUGGAGGGCCUGGUCUGACAGCAGACUGUGACAGCUCUGAAUCGUUGAUUCCAGAAAAGGAGCAGCUGAGGUGCAGGUCCUGCUCGGUGACAGAGGAUCUGCCCACUGAUGGUCCCUCGUCACAGAGGUCCAUCUCCCGUUCCUUGCAGCGAGCUGAGGUUUUACUGAGAAGCACCUUUAAUCCCAGCCUGAAGUGGCUGUUCCAUGGCCGCAGCGAAGAUGAGGAAGAGGAGGAGCAAAACUUUGUAGUCGCUCACAACCUGGCAUCUCGGUCCUCUGCUCGUCUCCUGCGUCUGCAACAAGCUCUCCUGACCGUGGCCCCACAGUGGCAGCUGGUCGGUGGGGCUCAGAUGGGAUCUCCCCAGGUCUCUGUUAAAUGCCUCCCAGCAGAGGGCGGUGUUCUCCUCCUGCCCUCCUCCUCCUCCCUGCAGAAGAACUACAGAGCUCUGUGGAGGCUUCUGGAGCAGCGAUCCCUGCUGAUCUUCAUUCAUGAGUACACCAGGAGGGCUCGCAUAGCAGCAGCAUACAUAUCCAGAGUUCGCCACCUGCUGGAGAAAUCACGCCUGACACUCAACCAGGCCCCGUCCAACUGGUCUUCACUGAGGGUUGGCCUUGGCUCACUGAGCCAGGAGCUCCGGAUCCAUCUUAACCACUGGUCUUGCCUGUUCUCCAAAGUCCAGUCUGACCAGUAUCUGAGGCCUGCUCUGGUCCGGCACACCAAGCUGCUGGUGGAAAUCAAACAGACUCUAGACUUACUUGGUCUGCAGGCGCUGGUUUUGAUGGAAAGUUAUGUUUAUGUGGUCCUGUCUGCUGUAGCCCGGACUAAAUUAGAGUCUGUACCAAGAGAAGUCCUGGAGGAUGUUUUAGCUGGAACAGACCUGUAUAACCAGGCAGUGUGGGAAAGAGCACAGCAUAGCUCCACCCAGCUGAGGACCACAGUGUUACAGCUGGCACAUUAUUCCACACUGGACUGUAGUCUGACAAACAGGAGAGGGCAUUGCAUUGCAGCCUUCUCAGUCAAAGAGCUGAUGAUGAUCUUAGCUCUGCAUCAUGCAGACAGGGCAGCCAAACAGCUGCACUGCUGGGCCUCUGACCUCAGCUGUCACUGUCAGGUCCACACCAACCACAAGGCGUUCACAUGUUCUGAUAGUUCUCAGGCUGGGACUGCUACUCUGAGAUCUGAGUGGACCUGGGAUCAACUGCAGCAUACCUACCUCAUGUACUCUCCUCUGUUUUCUACUAAUCAUCUCCUCCCUUUGCAGUCAUCUUCUGGAACAGAGAGUUCUAACCAAGACCAAAGCAGUCUGUGCCAAACGUGCAUAUCCCACACUGGUCUAGUCCAGAGCAGUGUGGAACCUUUAGUCUCGGUCCAACCAAAUCUAGAAAGACAGACCAGUGUAGAAAACUGUAAACUGUUGCAGACUCUUUCCCCUCCUUUGUCCACCUUUCAGCAUCUCUCAGCCCAGCCUCUGUCAGGGGUUUGCCAACAGGCCUUCCUCAGUUCCUCAGUAGAACUUCUUUUUCAGCUGCUAGUUUCCUCUAGUGACCUGCUGGCUCCACAUACACCUAAACCAGUGGCACCAACCGAACAACUGCUAACUGAUGUGUCAUCACCAAAUGGAAAGCGUGACACAAUGACUUCACCUGUUACAAUCAUAAAUACAGCUGGUUCAGUGGAAUUGAAUAGACUGAGUACAGAACAGAACAAAGAGCAACACGUGGAGGGAACUCAGCAGGAAUGGAGAGAAGUGGAAGCCACCGCCAGCUCUGGCUGUCAGCGGGAUGGAGACCCAGAGAGAGAGGAGACUGUGAGAGCAGAACAGACAGCAGUGCAGCCAGACUGUCAUCAUUGGCCUCACUCUGUGCAGUGGUUGGACCUUGGGCAGUCACUAGUGUAUGCUGACCUGUUUGGACAGUACCGCACCCUGCUGUGGACUCUCUGCAGCAAGGCUCUGUGGCUGCAGCUGCAUGUUCCACAGGCAGGAAACAGUGCAGGAAGCAUCAACCUCCAAGACAGCCACACGAGGUUCCAGAUCCUGCACAGGAUCAGUCAAGCUUCAAACACAGAUCUGGUUCCAAAGGAGUCCAGGACCAUGCUGGAGGACUUCAGUCUGUGUCUGUUCACCAUUACAGCACAUGCUCAGUGGGACCAAGUGCUGUGCAGAAGCUUAGGUUCAGCUCUGAAAGAUAAGUGUCUCACUGAUAUAAAUCAACGCAGAGGUGUGAUGACCAGAGGUGUGAUGUCAGUGACCAUGGAACACUUUGUCCUGCUGUCCUCUCUGUGCUGCCUUCACUCAGACAGCAGGGCCUCAGGUUCUUGUAGCCCCUUCUCCUCCAGGCUUGCUCUGCAGAGAAACACUGUUAGCUUAGCAUUAGCUACAGUACAGCUAUCUGCCAUGUGGGUCAUGUCCAAGUCCCAUGAGUUCCUCUCUUCUUGGAGCCUCCAAAAGUUCCUGCUCAUCACACAAGGAGACCUUAAAGUACUGACAGAGUCAUUAGAGGAGUUGCUUCAUCAGACAAAGUCACUGAUGAUGAAUUCAGACAGUGACCAUCAUUCCACUCUUCAUAACCACAACCAGGUUCUACUGAGGCAGCAACUUAAAUCACUUGAGGGCGCUGUAUCCAAGCUGCAGACCUUCUCUGCUCUGAUGCUAAAGACCUUCUCCAGUGACUGCAAGAGGAUGUCAGGAGAGAUCUUUGAACAGACCAUGCCUUCUGGUGUACACUGGAGACCGAGCCUCAGGACAAGUUUUCCCACCAGUCCCAGUGAGUAUGCAUCUCUGGCAGCUCAGACUGUCAUUGGUCAGGUUUUAGAGGGUGUAGCACCACUGUCUGAUGAUGCCCGUGUCCAAGCACUAAGUAUAACGAUGACAGCUUUCAUGGAGGCAUGGAUGGAACACAUCCUGAAACAUAGGAUUAAAUUCAGUGUGCAGGGAGCUCUCCAGCUGAAGCAGGACUUUGAUUCUAUCAAAGAGUUGAUCCAGUCAGACAAAUACGGUCUGUCAGCUGAACUCCACCAACGACUGCUCAGCCUCCGGGUUUUUCAGCAAGUGGACUCAGCAGUGGUGUGUCUGCUCCAGCAGCCACAAGCCAAACCAUACCUACAUUCCAGAAGGUGGGAGUCUUUCACACAUUGCUGUCCAGCCAACAGAAGCAGAGAUAGCAUUGAUGCUGUGGUGGGGAACAGUAUAACCAACCUGAGGUGUAUGGAAGGUGAGGACUUGACUCCGUCUCAUCCCUCAGUUGUGACCACUGACCUCUCUCCUGUGGACCAAUCCAACCCUAGAGAGCCUUACCUCGCUCCAAGUCUAGCUCUGGGUUCUGCUCAGCAGGACUGGUUGGACCUGAGGAUCCACAGCAGCACUCGUCGUUGGAGGCUGCCAGGACUGCAGUGUCUUUCCAAGUCUGAACCCUGAACACACAGACCUGAGACCCAGAGAACUAACAAACUCGUGAAUCACACCAACUCACACUCUUUGUGUCAACAAACUGUUUAAAGAAAACAUUCAGUGAAAACCAUAAAAAUCUAGUUUCGACUUUAAAUGUGUGAUAUGUUACUUUGAAAGAUGUCAAACUUAUUCAUUAAUUCAUUUUAUAUUUUUAAUAAUUAACAAAAAAAAAUUUUGUAACUCAGUGAGCAUAUUUUAAUAUUUGUGAAUAAAAUGUAUUUUUUUUUGUAUUUCGUCAUCAUGGGUUCAUGUUUGACUGGGGGGGGGGCACAGAUGCAUAGCAGCAGCAACAUAAUAAGUAACUACAACCUUUGUUGGAGAUAUGGCAGCAGUAAUGAUAAGAAUAAUAAGAAUAAUAAUAAAAAUUAUAUAAGAAGUGAACGUCGUGCAGCAGCCACAAUCCAUGUGAAGUUAGUAACAUCACAGUUAGUGUUCGCUUCACCUCACAGACCCAGAAGCUCUAUCUGUCAAUCUGUCUGUCUGUGCAGUGUCAAGAGGUAUUUUCACACUAAGUUGUAAAAUUAA